GCCUUCGAGAGUGUUCGGUUCCUUCACGGUGUCGGUAAGAGUGCGCAGUCGCUGAGUGAAAACGGCCUUGUCGCGUGUCUGAUCUUCGCAUCUUUCAAGUUCGCGUUAAGGAAAUCUGGGGUGUCUUCGUCGCGACCCUGGUGUAGUUAUUGGGUUUCUGCAAUUUUCUGCAAUUUUAGAGGGGGCUUGGUCGAGGAGUAUUGUCUUGGGCCAUCAUGGUGGGUUUUGAGAUGGCAGAGGAUAUUGAGAAGCGAGGGCACGCUGCCUUCGUGGACGAGGAUUACGAAGAAGCUGUGAAUCUUUACACGGAAGCUUUGGCUUUGGAACCUGCGAAUGCGACAGUGCUCAGUAGUCGCGCCGCGGCUCACACCAAGCUCGAGAACUACACCGAUGCUGUUGCAGAUGCAAACAGAGCUAUUGAACUGAAUCCCAAGGCACCCAAAGCGUUUCUUCGGAAAGGGAUAGCAUGCUUCCAUCUUGAAGAGUAUGAAACUGCGAAGGCAUCCUUUGAAGCAGGAGCCGCUUUGGAUCCAACGAUCUCUGCAUUCAAGACUUGGAUAGCUAAAUGUGAUGCGAAGAUAAGCGAGGAGAAUACUGAAGUAUUUGCAACCUCUAGACCUGCUGCAACUACGGUGAGUAGUGCCUCAGAGGUAGCAGAACCAAUGGAGACAAGCACACGGUCUGCAGAUUCUGAAGUUGUGCCAUCGUUGGAGAAGGAAGAGCCUUCCUCGAGCGAAGUGCCUGCACCUGAGCCUGCUUCACCUGCACCCCCCAAAUACAGGCACACUUGGUACCAGUCACAAUCUUAUACUUCCAUUGAGAUCUUCGCAAAAAAAAUCAGAAAGGAGGACUUGGAAGUCGACUUUGGGGAGCAAAUACUUAGUGUGGUCAUCAAGGCCGGAGAAUCAGAGGAGCCUUACGUUUUUCAGACUCGCCUGUAUGGCAAGAUUGUUCCGAGUAAGUGCAGUUACAGCUUACUCAGCACUAAGGUGGAGAUCAAGCUCGCCAAGGCGGACCCUUCGCAGUGGAAGCAGUUGGAGUUCGACCCGAAGUCUGUAACUGUUAAAGUAGCCACCAAGAAAGAUGUGAAGGAGUAUCCCUCAUCCACAAAAAAGCCGUCGAAGGAUUGGGACAGGAUUGAGGCUGAAGUGAAGAAAGAAGAGAAGGAUGAAAAACUAGAGGGGGAUGCAGCUCUUAACAAGUUGUUUCGAGAUAUAUACUCGAGUGCUGACGAGGAUACAAGGCGGGCAAUGAAUAAGUCAUUCGUGGAGUCAAAUGGGACAGUACUUUCCACAAAUUGGAAGGAUGUUGGCAAGAAGAAGGUCGAAGGAAGUGCUCCAACAGGAAUGGAUAUGAAAAAGUGGGAAAUUUAGUGCAAUCCUGAUUAGCUCAAGCUCAUGAACCACUGCAUGAUUCUUGGAAUUCGCAGGGGGGAACCUGUUGGGGAAAAGAAUGGGUAGUCGAAAGUUCUGUUAUCAACGUUAAUGAGUCAACCAUAGGCAGGUUGUAAUGAUCAAUAUCUAGAUAAAGUUCUGAAAUGUGCUAGUGACUUGAAAUAUAGCAAAUAUAGAGUUCCUCAUCCUAGGUUAGCGAUACCCAGAGAUUUUUGUUUUGCCGAAGAUCUGGGUAUGGGAAACAAGGCAAGGAGGUAUCGUCAGGUUGUUUGUAUGCAUUCACGGUGUAUUUGUCCCUCACGGAUUUAUGGGUACUUCGGUUUUGAGUGAUCCUCAGCGUAUCCUA